CGAUAAUGUGUCCUUUCUCGUCUGGCAACCGUGAGCAGCUACUUCCGGGUGUUGGCCAGCUUGACAAUUGCGUGGCGUCCAAAAAAACCUCCACGGGACAACUUUGACGUCUUCUGACAAGAUGGUCGACCGCUGUGACGGCGAUGCCAAGGGCGCGUUCGGCGGACACGCCUUUCAUUUCGCCGAAACCAACCGCGACAGAAUAUACAUGGACUACAACGCCACCACGCCGCUGGAACCAGAGGUGAUGCAGGCUAUUUGCGAGGCCCUGCAGGACGCUUGGGGCAACCCCAGCAGCGGCUACGAAGCAGGUGUCAAAGCCAAGGCCAUCAUCAAGCAGGCCAGAGAGAACGUGGCGAGGAUGGUCGGCGGCAAAGCAGAGGACAUCAUCUUCACGUCGGGAGGAACCGAGGCCAACAACAUGGUGCUGCACACCGCCGUGGAACAUUUCACCCGCCACCAGGACGGGAACCUUCCACACGUCAUCACCUCCAACGUGGAGCACGACUCGGUGAAACUGGCGGCUGAGCGCCUGCAGAGGGACGGCAAGGCGGAUGUGACCUUUGUGCCCGUUUCCACGACGACGGGCCGCGUGGAGGUGGACGAUGUCCUGGCGGCCGUGCGCCCCAACACUUGCCUGGUGUCCAUCAUGCUGGCCAACAACGAGACGGGCGUCAUCAUGCCGGUGCGUGAAGUGUGCCAGAGAGUCCAGGUUCUGAACCAGCGAAGGCAUGUGAGAAUCCUGCGUCACACUGACGCUGCUCAGGCUGUGGGCAAGAUCCCCGUGGAUGUGUCUGAUCUGGGCGUGGACUACCUCACCAUCGUGGGUCACAAGUUUUACGCGCCGAGGAUCGCUGCCUUGUUUGUCAAGGGCCCCGGGGCCACCACGCCGCUCUACCCCAUGCUCAUUGGCGGCGGACAGGAGAGGAACUUUAGACCGGGCACUGAAAACACACCAAUGAUUGCUGGACUGGGGAAGGCUGCAGAGCUGGUGAGCAAUCACGGUGCAGCUUAUGAGCGUCACAUGCUGGACACAAAAGAGCACCUGGAGGAGCGGCUGAAGGCCACCUUUAAAGACAAGCUGCACUUCAACAGCCAUUUUGCGGGCUCCGAGUGCCUUCCCAACACGUGCAACGUGUCCCUGCUGGGCGCAGGCCUACAGGGCUGGCGGGUGUUGUCGCACUGCCACAAGCUGCUGGCCAGCGUAGGCGCCGCCUGCCACUCGGACCGUGGCGACAGGCCGUCCCACAUCCUGCUGAGCUGCGGCGCGCGUGAGGAAGUGGCGGCCAACGCCUUGAGGCUGAGCGUGGGCAGGAGGACCUCCAGGGAAGACGUGGAGCAGGUGGUGGAGGACCUAAAGAAGGCCGUGAAGCACUUGGAGCAGACGGAGUAGAUCUGACUGCAAUACCCUUGUUGUCAAAGAUGACAGAAGAACUCUUCUAGUAUGGACUGUUCCUCCUCCUCCAGAGAGAACUUCAUGUAUCAGGGCUCGCUCUCGUACUGUCAAUGGAGAUUUGGAGUCCAGAUGUCAACUGGUUGUUGUGGUCGUACAUCUCCAGGAGGUUGGUGAGGCAUCAACAUCCACAAUUGGAAGGCUGGGAUUGACUUUUCUUUUCUUCUAAAUGUGAUUUUUGUCAAUAAAAAUAACAUUUUUAACGGUGUUCCAGUCUGUGGAACGCUCUCCCUGACCACCUGAGGGUACCACAGACUGUGGAUGCUUUUAAAAAAAGGCUUAAAAACUCUUCUUUUUAAAAAAGCAUUUUUUUAGAUGUGUACAUACCAGUUCUAGCUAUAAGGCUAUUCUAGUUUUUAUUUUUAUUUAUUUAUUUAUUUUUUA